CCGCUCGGGAGCCGGUGGCGGCCGCGGGGCGCCGGGCGCGGGGGUGGCGCGGAGAGCGCAGACCGGAGCCGGGGCUCGGCCACCGCCGGGCGGGCCCAGCGCGCGCAGCUGGGGAACCUGCGCGGGGCGCGGAAGGACAGAGGAAAACACAAAAUCUUUGUGGGCCAGAUCUAAAUCAGGAGCCCAGGUGAACUUAGAGAAGCCAGCAUGGGAUUCUUAGUUUUUCAAGAUCCAUUCACGCCAGACCCUAAUCGCCACGGCUCGUGUCCAGGCAUUUUGUGGUUUUGUGGACAUGUAGCAAGACCCUGAUGAUGGAAAAGCAAAGGACUUAAUUACUCACUUGAACAUCAUCUCAUGCCAACUGAUGAGGGAAACCAAAGGGUAGCACAGCCAUGGAAAGAAAUUCCAGCUUAUGGAAGAACCUAGUAGAUGAGCACCCGGUCUGCACCAGCUGGAAGCAAGAGGCUGAAGGGGCCAUUUAUCACCUUGCCAGCAUUUUAUUUGUUGUAGGUUUCAUGGGCGGCAGUGGAUUCUUCGGGCUCCUAUACGUCUUCAGUUUGCUGGGGUUAGGUUUUCUUUGCUCUGCUGCCUGGGCUUGGGUAGACAUCUGUGCAGCUGACAUGUUCUCCUGGAACUUUGUGCUGUUCGUCAUCUGCUUCGUGCAGUUUGUCCAUAUCGCGUAUCAAGUUCGCAGCAUAACUUUUGCCCGAGAAUUCCAGCUGUUGUACAGCUCCCUUUUCCAGCCUCUGGGGACCUCUUUGCCCGUCUUCAGAACAAUUGCUCUGAGCUCUGAGGUGGUUACUUUGGAAAAGGAGCACUAUUAUGCCAUGCAGGGGAAAACCUCCAUCGAUAAACUGUCCCUGCUUGUUUCGGGAAGGAUCAGAGUGACGGUUGACGGCGAAUUUCUGCAUUACAUCUUCCCCUUCCAGUUUCUGGACUCCCCUGAGUGGGACUCCCUGAGACCCACAGAGGAAGGCAUCUUUCAGGUGACUCUCACGGCAGAAACUGACUGUCGAUACGUGUCUUGGAGGAGAAAGAAACUGUACUUACUCUUUGCUCAGCAUCGUUACAUCUCCCGCCUGUUUUCAGUUUUAAUCGGCAGCGACAUUGCUGAUAAACUCUACGCCUUGAAUGACAGGGUGUGUAUAGGAAAAAGAUGCCACUACGAUAUUCGGUUACCCAACUUCUAUCAAAUGUCAAGUCCAGAAACCCCUAAGAGGUCACCCCUCACAGAACGUUUUCGGAAUUCUAGACGAUAUUGUGAUAAAUGACAAUUUAGAAGUCUGAAGUUUUCUAAUUAUGAAAAAGACUGUCUUCAUCCUUCCCCAAAGGAAACAGCGAAAUAUAGAAAAUUGAGCUCACUAAUAUUUUUAUAAAUCAAACUCAGGCAAGAUGCCAUUGCCAGCUCUUUUACUCAUCUCAACUUCUGCAUUGUGAAUAAAUUUACAAACUUUUCUGUA